CCACCAUUGGAAUUGGAGCGAUGUCAAUGUCAUCUGAUGUUGUUUCAGAGAAACUUUCAGAGAGAAAGUGUCUGAUUUUAUCUCUGCCUCCACCGUUAAUCAUAAAUCUGAAUAGUGCAGAGAGAAAAAAGUGCGUUUGGCCUCAGAUCAGAGGUGAAAAAAAAAUUGUACUUUCCUUGUUUCUGUUAGUCACAGGAGACUGGAUGUUCCAUUGAAACACAACUCCGAAACUGACAAAAAACAGUCUGACACGAACAGAAAAGAGAAACUGAACGACGACCACAGAAUCAAGAAGAAGCACGCUGAAGACACCGGGGUUGAAAAACACCCGGAGGACCUACAAAAUGAGAAACAUGUCCGAGAAAUCCAAAAAGAGAAACGAGCACCUGCAGAAAUGGAAAACAAGAAACAGAAACCUGCGCAGGAACCACAGAGCGAGAAACGGAACCGGUCAGAACCGAGGAAAGAAAGGCCUUCAGAGGACACGAAGAAGACACGACACGUGGACGAGGUGAGGAGGGAGAAGCCGAGCGAGGAGCUGAAGAGACACGGCGGUGGAGACGACGCCAAGAGGGACAAACACAGAGAGGAGAAGCCGAUCAGCACGUUUCAGCGAGAGAGGCCGACGUCCGAAGCCCAGAAAGAAAAAGCUGCUGACGUCCACAGGCCCAUAUUCGAAAGGCGAGGAGUGCUGGACAGCAGCGUUCUGUACCCCACCCGCUUCCCCUCCCCUCCCCGGCCCGCCCGGCCUCCUCCGCCCGUCAAACGCCCGUCUGUGGAUGCGAAGAGAGACAGGAAGGACGGUAAAGACUCUUCCUCCCGACCUCCUCGGCCCAGCCCGGCCUCUCCGCAGGCAAAGAGGCCGUCAGUGGAAGUAAAGAAAGAAAGGUCAGGAGUGGUUAGGUGCAUGCCUGGAAAUGAAAGGAGGGUUUUAUUUAAAAAAAAAAAAAAAAAAAAAAAGACUCAUACGAAUGCUGAUUUCCACAUCAGGAAAGCUCCGGCGGACCCAAACGCUCCAGUCGCUCGCACUCCGUUCCUCCUCCAUCCUCCUCCUCAGAGGUCAGGCUCUGUCCGCUCACCUGCAUGCAGCGUUGUGACGUUCACGCUUGUGAUGCUCAGAGAUGUUUCCCUCGUUUAGAAAGGAGCCUCCUGACCCCAACGCCCCCCUCCCUCCACUCCCCCUCCACCUCCACCCCCCUCCUCCUCCUCCCAAGAGACCCUCUCUGGAUGGGAAAAAGGAGAAAGACAGGUCUGGAUCAGUUGAGUCCUCCUUGCAGACUGCAUGUUCUCACUGCCUGGACGUGUUCCCGAAAAUAACCCCGAGCCUCACGUCGGGUUUCCCCUCCACGCUCUGAAUCCUUGUGUUGUUUGCCACAGCAGGAAGGCAUCAACAGACUCCAAGCCCCCUCCUGAGAAAAAGCCAUCAGAUCACGUUAAGAAAGACAGGUCUGGGCUCCGGAAAGUAUUUGGUAUUUCACUGAUCCGUGAAAAAUGCUGCUUUAUUCAAAACAAUGCAGCGUCGUAUUAAUAUGUCACCGUUUGCAUUCGCAUAUCAAGCUGGGUUUAGAUGUUUUUCCCUUCGGUACCAAAGCUGUUUUCUCCCCGCAGGAAAGAUUCGGUGGACGGCAAAGUGAAUAAAAAACACUCGGAUGAGGCAAAAAGAGACAGGUGUGCCAGUCCCAGCAUGAAAAUGAAUGCUUGAGCUCUUCACAAACUCGUCUGCUGGUUCUCGCUGCAUGAGGAUGUGUGUGGAUUAUACUGACCGCCACCGGAUCAGCAUCAGAAUCAAAUGCACAUGUUUCCUUUUGUCAGGAAAGAUUCAUCUGACUCUAAGCCACCCCCUCCCAAAAAGCCCAAUUUGGAGGUGAAAAAAGAAAAACCCAGGUCUGCAGAUGCCAGGAAACACAAUCCACAUCACGACAUGAAGCUGAACACGUAUCUUUUCUUCCCUUAAACAAACAUGGGUGUCGGUGCGAUGUUG